UGGAUGUGUCAAAGCGCGCGGCGGGCGGUCGAAUUCAUCAGCCUCCUCGUCGUCUCCACGCGCUCACCUCCAUCCCCUUGCUAGCUUCCUCAUUAAUGCAUGCGCAUGCGCACAGCGAGCGAGAGGCUCCUCCUAACGCAAACACAAAAGCUAGCUGGCUAGCUAGCCUAGCGUCCUCUUCAUCCUCCUCUCCUUCUUGCUGCUCCCUGUACGGUGUGUGAUCGAGCCUGCAUGCAUGCAUGCAUGUGUCCGCCGUGAUCUGAUCAUGGACAAAGAGCAGGGGAAGAGUCACAGUCACCUGGACAGCUUUGCGCCGCUCGACGGCGCGCCGGAGGAGCAGCCCGGCGGUGGCGCCGAGAUGGUCGACUACAUGCUGGGCCAUGCGCCGCCGCCAAACGGGCCGCAGAGCCAGGUGUCCUUAGACAAGCUCAGCUUCUCCGACGUCCUGCAGUUCGCCGACUUCGGCCCCAGGCUCGCGCUCAACCAGCCCGCCGCGUCCGACGGCCGCGAGGACGUCGACGACUGCGAUGACGACGACGACGACGACAGCUACUUCUUCAGGUUCCAGUCCCUGCCGUCCCUCCCUACCGCUCCUCCCCGCGGCGACGGCCAGAAUCACCCGGAACAGGAGGGCAGCAAGACGGCCGACGAGGGGGGCGCGCACGACGUCGGCGGCGGCGUCUCCGAGAGCACGACGCUGGUGCAGCAGGCCGACGGCGGCGGGCGCUCUGAGAAGGGCGGGGACCAGGGGAAGAGCGGGCGGCGGAAGCGGCCGCGGACGGUGAAGACGACCGAGGAGGUGGAGAGCCAGCGGAUGACUCACAUCGCCGUGGAGCGCAACCGGCGGCGACAGAUGAACGAGUACCUCAGGAUCCUCAGGUCCCUCAUGCCAGGAUCCUACGUCCAGAGGGGAGACCAAGCAUCCAUCAUAGGAGGCGCCAUCGAGUUCAUCAGGGAGUUAGAGCAAUUGAUCCAGUGCCUCGAGUCGCAGAAGCGGCGCCGCCUGUACGGCGGCUCUGGCGACGCGCCGGCGCCACGCCCAGUGGUGGACUCUGCCGGAGCCGGCGUGCCAACGUCCACUCAGCAGCAGGCGCCACCGCCGUUCUUUCCACCAAGCCUCCCAUUUCCGGCGCCGUCGGCCGGCGCCGCAGCCAAGGUCCUGGACCUCGACGCGGGCGGCGGAGGGCUCCGGGAGGAGGUGGCCGAGAACAAGUCGUGCCUGGCGGACAUCGAGGUGAGGGCGCUGGGCGCGGACGCCAUGAUCAAGAUCCUGUCCCGCCGCCGGCCCGGGCAGCUGAUCAAGACCAUCGCGGCACUCGAGGACAUGCAGAUGUCCAUCCUGCACACCAACAUCACCACCAUCGAGCAGACCGUCCUCUACUCCUUCAACGUCAAGAUCGUCGGCGAGGCAAGAUACUCGGCAGAGGACAUCGCUGGAGCCGUCCACCAGAUCCUCAGCUUCAUCGACGUCAACUACACCCUGUGAUCCGAGCGGUCUCUUUGCCAAGAAAGGGGGUUCCGGUUAAUGGCGGCGACUUGUUUACUACUUAAGAUGCUAUUUGGCCACGUUCUAUAUGUGCGUAACCAUAUUAUAUUAUAUAAACUGUUCUUGUUCAUUUCUAUGUAUGUAAACUGAUUGGAGCAACUAAAACAUUAACACUAGUAUUAUAUUCAGCGACAAUAUGUAUGACUGAUGUGUGCUGCAAUUAUUAGCUGAUUUAACAAGAUGAUGCUUUAUACUGUCACA